UGAUAACAGAUAACUACUGAUAACAUCGCAUGGAUUGCGAUUCGAAACCUUACACACUAUGAGAAUAAAAAGACUGGACAGUCUAUUCAAAGCCGUGAACGUUAACGGAGUCAUCUAAGAAACGUAUCUUUAUUUAAAAUCAAAAGGAAUUCCUAAGUAACUACUUAAAUCAAUUGCAUGCAAAUAGUAAUAUAUUACAGUGGCGACGAGGUAAGAACAAAGAUUUAUAAUCUUUGAAAGAAUCCAGAUCGCGGAAGUUUAAAAUUCUGGAGAAGUAUAAGCUACCAGUUGGUUUGGCUGAGCCAUUGUUCUAUACCCACCCGGAUUUGGCAAGCGCGUAAGAGAGGCUAAAUUAUAGCAAAGAACAGAACAAUUGGAUAGUGACCAUAUCACCAGAGCAUAUUCGGCAGACGAGGAUCAAGUGAGAUAGAUCGGUGACCAGUGAGCUGCAAAGUCAUUUCGGCAGAGACACUGUGAGGAGCACUUCGGUCCGAGUUGGUUUAAUCUGCAUGCAGUGAUAAAACCAAUUGCGCUCUCAACUUGCUGUUGUUGUUGCUUGAUGGUUGGUGCUGCUAAGGUUGCUGUUGAGGUUGCUAUUGUUGUGAACCACGAAAACUGCGAAGACAACUGGUCGAGUUGUUGAACUAUAUUGGAAACAGGCAGUUAAUGCUGCUGACCCCAGAGCAUAUUGCUGAUUUAUAGUUUCGUGAUCAUCAGAAGGUUUAGCAAACCGUCACUGGUGUGGACGUAAGUCACCGAGUCACGUGAGUACCACGAAUUUUGCUUUUCAUUUGGAUCAUUUUUUUAAACCUACAAAAUGUCGAUACCUGGAAUGAUUGGUACUAUGGACCACUUUCAAGUGGGUAAAUCUUUUUCUAAUUAUAUUGAGCGUUUUGAAAUUUUGUGUGGGUUGAACAAAGUCACUGAAGAAACCAAAAAAUCGUGGUUUAUAUCCUUGAGUGGAGACGACGUUUUUGAUGAAAUUAAGCUGAUUUUUCCUAAAAGGGAAGUCAAGGAUUUAACUUACGAUGAAAUAAUAGCAAAACUCAAAACAAGGUUUGAUAAAACUGAGCCGGUUCUUAUGAACCGAUAUAAGUUCUAUAACCGCGAACAGGGGGCUAACGAAAGUGCUGAAAAUUUUGUGCUUGCAGUUAAAUUAAUGGCUGAGAGCUGCAAUUUUAGGGAUUUCAAAGAUGAGGCGAUAAGAGAUAGGCUGAUUAUUGGGCUUGCGAACAAAGAUUUACAGUUCAAACUGUUAUUGGAAGAUGACAUUGGGUUGAAUACACUUGAAAAUAAAAUUAUUAAUAACGAACGCGCUUUGGGGCAAGCAAAGUUAAUAGGUGAACAUACUUCAACUAAUGCAGAUGUCCUAUCCAUCAAGCAUCGCCUGGGAAGAAAAGAAUAUUUCGAUAGUGAAAGGAAAUUCCAGAACAAAAAUGAAAUGCAUCCAAGACGGUUUAGAUCGCGUAGUUUCAGCAGAGAUAGAGGUUCAGGUAGAAGGAAUUUUCAUUAUGACAGACGUGCAAACCGUAAUCAAGCUUCGACUUAUCACAAUGAUUGGAAUUUUCAUUCAUCUGCAGUGUGCAAUAACUGCAGAGAAAGAGGUCACAUCCGCCGAAACUGCCCUCAUUUUAAAAACCCAUCCGUAAAAUUUGUGGAAAAUGUUGACAAAAUCCAGGAUCAAUCAAUUGAUAAAUUCGAUCGUUUGAAGUUGAAUGACAAUAGUGAUGAUUCUGAAGUAGAAUGUUUGAUGAUAUCUGCGGUGAAUAAUAUAAGUGAUCCUUGUAUAGUAAAUGCGAAAAUCGAUGGUAGAGUUUUGAAAAUGGAGAUUGACACUGGCUCGGCAGUAACUGUAAUCAGUUACCUGAUGUAUAACAAUCUAUUCAGAAAAAUUCCAUUAGUUCAUUGUAAUAAGAAGCUAGCGGUUGUGAAUGGUGCCAGAUUAGUAAUAGCUGGACAGAUUUUAACAGAAGUUUUUCUUAACGGAUUUAUGGAGAAAGCCAGAUUGAUUGUAUUAAAAAACGAUAAUGAUUUUAAACCUUUGAUAGGCCGCGAUUGGUUGAAAAUUUUCUAUCCAAACUGGAAGAAGAGUUUCAUCAAUCAUGAUAAUGAAUUGGUCAACAAUAUAGUAACGAAUAAAACAAGAGAAGAAACAAUAGGUAAACUAAAGGCUCAAUUUGCGUCUGUCUUCGAUAAAGAUUUUUCUAAACCAAUUUUAGGUCAUGAAGCUGAUUUACAUUUUAAACCCGAGCAACCAAUUUUCAAAAAGGCGUACCAAGUUCCGUACAAAAUCAAGGAAAAGUUCUUGGAUCAUUUAACCAUGCUGGAAGGUCAAGGCGUUAUAACCCCGAUAGAAUCAAGUGAGUGGGCCUCUCCGGUAAUAGCUAUAGUAAAAAAAGAUGGGGGGAUCAGAAUGGUCAUAGACUGUAAAGUUUCCUUAAAUAAGAUUUUAAUACAAAACACUUAUCCACUUCCACUUGCACAGGACAUAUUUGCAUCUUUAGCAGGAUGCAAAGUGUUCUGUUCACUAGAUCUUUCUGGAGCCUACACUCAACUGCAAUUAUCAAAAAGAUCUAGAAAAUAUGUGGUUAUAAACACUGAAAAGGGUUUGUUUACUUAUAACAGAUUACCACAGGGAGCAUCUUCUUCCACAGCAGUUUUCCAAAACUUGAUGGAGAAAAUAUUAAAAGGAAUUAAAAACGUCAAUUGUUAUUUAGAUGAUGUGCUUAUUGCUGGGAAAACCUUUGAAGAAUGUUUGGACAAAUUGAUUCAAGUUCUCAAUAGACUUGUCAAUGCAAAUAUUAGUGUGAACUAUAAUAAAUGCAAAUUUUUUGUAGAUUCCUUGCCUUAUCUAGGUCAUUUGAUAACUAAAGAUGGAUUACGGCCAUCCCCAGAGAAAAUUUCCACGAUAGCUAAAGCUAAGGCUCCUGAAAACGUAACUGAGCUGAAAGCCUAUCUGGGAUUAAUUAAUUAUUAUAACCGUUUUAUACCGAAUUUAUCUUCAAAGCUAAGGUGUUUGUAUGAUUUGUUAAAAAAGAAUACUCAUUUUAAUUGGACAGAGCAAUGUAAUCAGGCUUUUCUGCAUAGCAAAAACACGUUAUUGAAUGCUAACAUUUUAGACUAUUACGAUCCAAAAAAAUCGUUGGUUGUAAUCACAGAUGCCUCCACGUAUGGAUUAGGGGGAGUACUAGCACAAAUUGACAAUGGUGUGGAAAAGCCGGUAUGUUUUACAUCCUUUUCUUUGAACUCUGCCCAACAAAAAUAUCCUAUCCUACAUCUGGAGGCGUUGGCAUUGGUUUGUGUUAUAAAAAAAUUCCAUAAGUUUUUAUUUGGUCAACCUUUUGUAGUCUACACAGAUCAUAAGCCGUUACUGGGAAUUUUCGGUAAAGAGGGUAAACAUUCGUUGUACGUAACUCGACUUCAAAGAUAUUUAUUAGAAUUGUCAAUCUAUAAUUUUGAAGUUCGAUAUCGUCCGGGACAUAAAAUGGGCAAUGCCGAUUUUUGUAGUCGAUUCCCCCUCGAGCAGAAAAUUCCUAGUUCUCUCGAUCAAGAUCAUGUAUAUUCAAUAAAUUUUUCUUCUGAGAUGCCGUUGAACUUUUGUUCUAUUGCUAAGGAAACUAGUUCUGAUAAAUGUCUAAGUAAAAUAAUUGAGUAUUUAAAUCAAGGUUGGCCUAAGAAAUUAGACAUGGAAACUAAAGAAUUUCAUGGAUUGAAAUCUAAACUACAUUUGGAGCAAGGAGUGCUUUUGAUGGAUGGCAAAGUUAUUAUUCCUUCUAGUUUAAAAGAUGAUAUUAUGAAUUUAUUACAUUCAAAUCAUGAAGGCAUAAUAAAAAUGAAAAAAUUGGCUAGAAAAUAUGUAUAUUGGAGAAAAAUUAAUGAAGACAUUGAAAAUUUUGUAAAAUGUUGUGCAACUUGUGCUAAAAUGGAGACAAAGAUAAAUAGCUCUCAAAAUGAACCUUGGACGCCUACUACACGUCCGUUUAGUAGGUUGCAUGCCGACUUCUUCCAUUUUGAUGGAAGCACUUUUCUUUUAAUAAUCGACAGUUUUUCUAAGUGGUUAGAAAUAGAUAUAAUGUCGAGAGGAACUAAUGCUAAACAAGUUAUAAAGAAAUUUUCAUCUCUAUUUUCUCGCUUCGGUUUGCCUGACGUAGUCGUAACCGAUGGAGGACCUCCAUUCAAUUCAGGAGAUUUUGUCAUGUUCUUAGAAAAGCAAGGAAUCAAGGUUUUAAAAAGUCCUCCUUACCAUCCCCAAAGCAACGGACAGGCAGAGAGGAUGGUAAGAGUUACAAAGGAUAUCCUUAAGAAAUUUUUAAUUGACCCGAAAACAAAAUCCUUGGAUCUUGAUGACCGUUUAAGUUUUUUUCUCAUGAACUAUAGAAAUAGUUUUAUUGGACAAGAUAGCAUUUUCCCAACGGAAAAGGUGUUGUCGUAUCAACCAAAGUUACUAUUGGAUUUAUUAAAUCCAUGUAAAAGUUACAAAAAUAAUCUCAGUGAACAACCAAAGAAAAAAUACAAAUUCGAUCAUGAAGUUGUUCCUCCCCAAAACCCAUUAGAUAAGCUACUGGUCGGGGAUAUGUUAUACUAUAGAAAUCCUAAUCGAAAAGAUUUUCCAAAAUGGUUAGAAGCUAAAUUUAUAAAAAAAAUGUCUAAAAAUAUAUUUCAGAUUUCCAUAAGAUCCCACGUACUAUCAGCGCACCGAGAUCAACUAAAACCCUGGCAUCUAAAGAAGCGAAGUUCCAUGUUACUAGUAGGUCUGCGGAAUAGCACUAAAAGGACCAGGAUGGAAAGCUCGGAUGAGGAGGAUUUCUUUGGUUAUCCAGCUGAAGAAUUAAAAGAAAAUUUAGAAGUGGUUCGACCGAAAAAGAAACCGCAUGUGCAUGAAAGAAGCCCUAUCUUAACAAGAUCCCGUACACGAUACGAAGAAUGUGCAUAA